AACUUCGGAGUGAGUUACCUGCGCCGCGAGCAGGGCCUUACCUGCGGCGCCUCUGCCAAUGGCAGCUCACCUGAGGGAGCCCCGCAGCCAAUCACCGCGCGGCUCGGCCCUCGGGCUUGUACCCUUUAGUAAAAGAAUUCAGCUCCUUGCGAGAAAGUUACCUGUGGCCGCCCAAGUCCGCCACUUUCUGCUCUGUGACUGCCCAUUGCCACGAUCCGGGAGGACCCCGCGCCGCGCGGCCGCCUCCGAGCGCGGGCCCCAGGCGAGGGGCCCCCCCCAUCCCACCUUUCCGGCUAGGUGAGGGCGCGAGCGGGCGAGCGAGCGAGCGUGGUGAGGGGGGACGGAAAAGCAGAAUUACCUGUAGCUCUUGUUCUGCCAUCUCGGGCGCUCGCACACACCUUCACCUGCACAGACUUGAAAGUCCAGUUUCACCAGAGGCUGAGGCUCCAGGAAAAGGGGAGCGAGUUCAUUGGAUCAAACAUGUCACAAGAGUCGGACAAUAAUAAACGACUGGUGGCCUUAGUGCCCAUGCCCAGUGACCCUCCAUUCAAUACCCGAAGAGCCUACACCAGUGAGGAUGAAGCCUGGAAGUCGUAUCUGGAGAAUCCCCUGACGGCGGCCACCAAGGCGAUGAUGAGCAUUAAUGGCGAUGAGGACAGCGCUGCUGCGCUGGGCCUGCUGUACGACUACUACAAGGUUCCUCGAGACAAGAGGCUGCUGUCUGUGAGCAAAGCAAGUGACAGCCAAGAAGAUCAGGACAAAAGAAACUGUCUUGGCACCGGUGAAGCCCAGAGCGCUUUGAGUGGAGGAGAGAACCGAGUCCAGGUCCUCAAGACUGUCCCAGUGAACCUGUCCCUAAACCAAGACCCGCUGGAGAGCUCAAAACGGGAACAGUACAGCACCACCGUCCCCGAGAGCCCGGCCAUCAUCCCCGUGUCAGGGAUCACGGUGGUGAAAGCCGAAGACUUCACGCCGGUUUUCAUGGCCCCACCCGUGCACUACCCCCGGGGCGAGGGCGAGGAGCAGCGUGUGGUCAUCUUCGAGCAGGCCCAGUACGGCGCGCCCCCCGUGGCCGGCCACAGCGCCUACCCCAAGGACGACCAGCGCAGCACCCCGGACAGCACCUACAGCGAGGGCUUCAAGGACGGGGCGCCCGAGAAAUUUCGGAGUGCUUCAGUCGGGGCUGAGGAAUACAUGUAUGACCAGACAUCAAGUGGCACGUUUCAGUACACCCUGGAAGCCACCAAAUCUCUCCGUCAGAAGCAGGGGGAGGGCCCCAUGACCUACCUCAACAAGGGACAGUUUUAUGCCAUAACGCUCAGUGAGACUGGAGACAACAAAUGCUUCCGACACCCCAUCAGCAAAGUCAGGAGCGUGGUGAUGGUGGUCUUCAGUGAAGACAAAAACCGAGACGAGCAGCUGAAGUACUGGAAGUACUGGCACUCCCGGCAGCACACGGCCAAGCAGAGGGUCCUCGACAUCGCGGAUUACAAGGAGAGCUUCAAUACGAUCGGCAACAUUGAGGAGAUCGCAUACAAUGCUGUUUCCUUCACCUGGGACGUGAAUGAAGAGGCCAAGAUCUUCAUCACUGUGAAUUGCCUGAGUACAGAUUUCUCCUCCCAAAAAGGAGUGAAAGGACUUCCUUUGAUGAUUCAGAUUGAUACAUACAGUUAUAAUAAUCGUAGUAAUAAGCCCAUUCAUAGAGCUUACUGCCAGAUCAAGGUCUUCUGCGACAAAGGAGCAGAAAGAAAAAUCCGAGAUGAAGAGCGGAAGCAGAACAGGAAGAAAGGGAAAGGCCAGGCCUCCCAAACCCAGUGCAACAACUCCUCCGAUGGGAAGUUGGCAGCGAUACCUUUACAAAAGAAGAGUGACAUCACCUACUUCAAGACGAUGCCCGACCUGCACUCUCAGCCCGUCCUCUUCAUACCCGAUGUUCACUUUGCAAACCUGCAGAGGACAGGACAGAUGUAUUACAACACAGACGAUGAACGAGAAGGCAGUGUCCUUGUUAAACGGAUGUUCAGGCCCAUGGAAGAGGAGUUUGGCCCAACACCUUCCAAGCAGAUCAAAGAAGAAGGGAUGAAGCGAGUGCUUCUGUACGUGAGGAAGGAGACCGACGACGUGUUCGACGCCUUGAUGUUGAAAUCUCCCACCGUGAAGGGCCUGAUGGAAGCGAUAUCUGAGAAAUACGGGCUGCCUGUGGAGAAGAUAGCAAAGCUUUACAAGAAAAGCAAAAAAGGCAUCCUGGUGAACAUGGACGACAACAUCAUUGAACACUACUCGAACGAGGACACCUUCAUCCUCAACAUGGAGAGCAUGGUGGAAGGCUUCAAGAUCACACUCAUGGAGAUCUGAGCCCCGGUCUCGGCUUGCCCUCGCAGGAGCCCUCCGUGUGUUCCUCCCUGGGAGAGGAGGCCCGGCCCCAGGCCCGCACACCCACCUCACCCAUCUCACAACUGCUGUUACACGACUGCUGGGGAGCGGGGCAAGGCGGAAAGCCCUACUCCUGUCUGUGUCUGGCCCGUCCACCAGCUCCUGCUCUGGAGCUGAGGCCCGAGCCCCUCGGGAAGGGGCCUUGUGCCUGUCAGACCUUUAUUUAUUGCCCACCUUUUACCGGAGCCCAGGGCCAGGCCCGCCAGGACUCUGCAGGUCACUGCUGGCUCCAGAUGACGCCAUCCAGAGCCCUCAAGGGCAACACGGCCAAUUCAUUCAUCUCCAAGAGCCUGAGAAGGUCUGGUCCCGCCUGUCUUACCUCUCCACUUCUCCUGAGUGGCUGGACAAAAUGAGCUGCUUCUGGGUGCAGUAGUCAGAGGUGGGAUAAGAGGUGGACGCCCCCUUAUUGGUCAACCCUUCAGGUUGAUCUGGGGAAGGUCAUCUUGCUAGACACCUCCAGAGGUCCCCAGUAAGUGGCCAUCAGGCUAUGUGCAAGAAGACAUUCAGCUACCGUGUAAUUAGUAAAUGACACAGAAGGCAUGCUGGACUGUGUACAUAGUGUUUAUAAUAUGCAAUAAUAUAUUUUGCCUGUGGUAUGUGGGCAUGUUUACUGCCACUGGCCUAGGGGAGGCAAGUGCCUGGAGACUCUGCUUUCUAGAAGAGGUUUCUGCCUCUUUGCUGUUCAGGAGACAUACUGGGCUAGAUAAGUGGCCUGCAGGGUGUAAGUGACUAUGGUGGGUGUCCAGACACAUGCUUGUGGGGCACAGCCAGGAACUCAAUCCUGUCCGCAGAGGGAGCCUCAUUCUCUCCAUGGGCACAGUCUGCCCUGGAGCCCACCACCUUUGUCUCACGGCGAUGGUGAUGUGCUUUGCUUGAGUCUUGUGGAAAAGGUCAUAUUGUCUGAGGCCCCAGCUCCUCCAGCUUGGUGUUGGCUCUGCCUGAGCUCUCUGGAGAGACUGCAGGGGGUUGCCACCAGGGCCCUGUCACUGGGGCCCAUUGCAGAGCUCCUUGGCUAUCAUGAGGAUCCUGGUCACUGUGCAGAGCCUCGCAGUUUACAAACAUGUCCUUCAUCUCAAGUGGCCCCUUUAAAAGACCGACUGAAGUUCUGAGAGCGGGGCCAACAGCUCAUGUCUGAAUGGACAGGCCAGGAUGGCCUCCGGGGCCCGUGCUUCUGGCUGCUGGAUUUGGAGGGAGGGAUGGAGGAAGGGACAGUGCCCCAAGACCCCUGGCUCUUCUGAAACCAGCUUCCAGAGAACUCCACCUCCUGCUACGGGUCCUGCGAGAUGAAGAGGAAACACACUUCCCUAAACAAUCACAAAAUCGUGAACCGUCCUGGGCCGCUGUUCUCUUUGAGGGAACAGGUAGGAGGUCCAGGGGUUUGCAUUCACCCUCAUGGGUGGAAGCACCAACUUUUUGGUAGCCAGACACAUCCCCCACCCAGGGUCCUAGAUCUAGGGCAGGUCUUAUGUAAGGGCCCACAUCUGUUCGUAAAGCACUUUGACGUCUUACCUGGGGGCUCUCCGAGGGCCCCCUGCCCUCCCGUCCCACCUGCCUCUGGGGCCCAUAGCAGGAUAGAAGGGCUGCCUCCAGCCCGGCUGUUUCUUGUUGAGACUGCAGAGGAUUUGAAUGCAAUGGAGGGCAGGUGCCAUGCUUAGGAAGACCUCUGGGUGGUGGUAAGGGGGGCACCUUUCUGUGUGUCUUCUGGACAACUUACCCCUCCCUGUGGUGCCAAAGGUUUGCGUCCUGGAUCCAACCCUGCUCCUGUCUGUCCCUUCUCCCUCCACUCUGACUGCCAUGCCCUGGACUGCAGCUGGGGGACCGUCCUGGGUCCUGAUGGGCCUCUGCUCUAAGAUGGACACAUUCAGUGUUGGAAACACCUGAUAUACUAUGCACUUCCCAUCCUCCUUGCCUUAGGGGUGGUUUCAGACAUGGUUGGCAGACGGAAUGGCAAGUACUGUUGGAGUGGGGCACAGGACUCCAGGUUAGGGGAAAGAUUUUUAAAAAUUGGCAAUCUGACACAGGUUACCUACCCUUCUCUCUAGACUCAGUGGAGAAAAUGUUUGCUGAUCCUGCCCUAGGCAGAGAAUGAAUCAGAAAUGCUUUUGCAUUUAUCCCAGGUCCCUGAGCAAUCGCUGUGGUGACCACGACCAGAACAAAGAAUAUGAGGUCAGUGCCACCAAAGGCUGUGCAGAGUGCCACCUCCCGUCUGAUCUGCCCUCAUGCUUAGCACGCCCCCUCUGCGUCCUCAGUGCCCAUGGCUUAGCUGCGCUGUGCGCUCCUAUGGAAGUUAGCAGAGCUCUGACGAGGAACAUUUCCCAAGCAAAAACACUCCAGAAAAAUAGGAAAAUUGGCCUCUUCUUCCUCUGUUGUCCCUUAAGUUAAUCUCACUCAAAUAAAUAAGCUUUUUAAAAAAAUCCAUGUAAAAUGAGGGGCACGUGGAACAAGUGUUGUUAAAUACAUACCCAAAUUGCUUAGACUUGACGGGUGUUUGGAAAUUGGGACCAACAGGAAAAUGCAAUCAGAUGUCAUCUUGGAGUUGGAUCCUAAGUGACUAAGGCAUGUCCCAUGCCACAAACUUAGGAAGCAUGAAAUGAAUUGAACAUUUAUUUUCCUUAUUUAAAAUCAUGAAAUGUAACAAAAACAGAGGGAUUGUGCCAAAUUCUAUGAACAACCCUUUCUUCAAGACAAGCAAGGGAGAUUGAUAGAUGGACAGUUUGCUCUCAUGGUUUUUUUUGUUUUGUUUUUUUAAAAGGCAAAUGUAACUUAAUAGUUUUGUAAAUGGGAGAGGGGGAAUCUAUAAACUAUAAAUACAGUUAUUUUAUUUUUUGUACAUUUUUAAGAAGAAAAAA